AUGUAUGAAGCUUGGAUGAAUGGGCAAGCUCCUCCAUCUUCGAUUCGGGAAUACCUGAAUGCGAAUAUGCCAUUCCCUAUCCAAGUAUCGACCAAUGAUCCAAUUUAUCCACCUGGAUUCGGCUCCUACACUAACACAUCAAACGUCGCUAAAACUUCUACCGUGCGUCCCUUGAAUACACCUAUGAUGAGUAACCCACUUUUUAUGUCAACUGCGCCGACUAAUAGCACUUCAAAUCCAACAGUGGUGCCCAAAUCCAACAAUGAUCCUUCAUUCCAAGUUCCUCAUGACCAUGGCUACACCCCUGAAGAGGCCCUUAAAAUUCCAAGUUGUUAUCCCCAGACUCAUCAAUAUAGUUCCCCCUUAAAAAUUGAGAAGACAGUUAAGAAUGAGGAGCAUGAAGAAAUGGCUAAGAAAAUGAAGAGUUUGGAACAGAGUAUAAGAGAUAUGCAAGGACUAGGGAGCCACAAAGGCAUCUCAUUCAAUGAUUUGUGCAUGUUUCCCCGCGUCCAUUUGCCUACUGGUUUUAAAACCUCGAAGUUUGAGAAAUAUGAUGGUCAUAGAGACCCCAUAGCUCAUUUGAAGAGAUAUUGCAAUCAAUUGAGAGGUGCAGAGGGCAAACAAGAGUUGCUCAUGGAUUAUUUUGGGGAAAGCCUGAUAAGAAUUGCGUCUGAAUGGUUCAUAGAUCAGGAUAUAGCCAACUGGCAUACGUGGGAUGAUUUGGCUCGAUGUUUUGUGCAACAAUUCCAAUAUAAUAUUGAUAUUGUGCCAGACCGCUCCUCACUUGCUAACAUAAGGAAAAAGACCAUAGAAAAUUUUCGUGAAUAUGCCGUUAGAUGGAGGGAGCAAGAUGUUAGGGUUAAACCACCAAUGAAGGAGUCAGAGAUGAUUGACGUUUUUCUCCAAGCCCAAGAACCUGAUUACUUUCAUUACUUGCUUUCUGCUGUCGGGAAGACAUUCGCAGAAGUUAUCAAGGUUGGGGAAAUGGUGGAAAAUGGCAUCAAGUCUGGGAAGAUCGUAAGCCAAGCUGCUUUAAAAGCCACAACACAAGCGCUUCAAAAUGGUUCUGGAAAUAUUGGAGGGAAGAAAAGAAGGAAAGAUGUAGCCACCCUUGUAUCAGCACCUCGAACCUAUGCCCAAGAUAAUCAUACACAACACUACUUUCCUCCCCAAAUUCCACAAUAUCAUGUCCCAUAUCCUCAAUAUCCCAUAUUUACCGCACAACCAAUUGUUCCCCCUUCUUAUCCGCAAUGGCGUGUACCACUUCCUCAAAAUCAUCCAUCACCCCCACAAAUUCACCAAAAUACAACUAGAAUUCCUUUUCGUCCUAGAAAAGAAUACAAGAAGGGAAAUGGAGCUAAGGAUGAGUUCAUCCCUAUUGGAGAAUCAUAUGCUAGCUUGUUUCAAAAAUUAAGAACAUUGAAUGUUUUGAGUCCUAUUGAAAGAAAGAUGUUGAAUCCUCUUCCGAGAAAUCUUGAUUAUUCCCAACACUGUGCAUAUUAUUCUGAUGCCCCAGGGCACAACAUAGAGAGAUGUUGGUACUUGAAAAAGGCAAUUCAAGAUUUGAUCGAUACUCGUCGAAUUAUAGUUGAAAGCCCAAAUGAACCGAACAUCAAUCAAAAUCCACUGCCCAGACAUACUGAAACAAACAUGUUAGAGAUGAUGAAUGGCCACGAAGAAGUUGCAGUCCCAUACAAGCCAAUCCUAAGGGUUGAAACUGGCAUGGAAAGUUUAGCAAAUGUCGUUGACUUAACAAAAAUGAUGCCUUCAGGGGUGGAAAGUACGUCUGAAAAGUUGACCCCAUCAAGUGCACCCAUCCUAACUGUAAAAGGAGCACUUGAAGAUGUUUGGGCAAGUCAGAGAGAGGCAAAAUUGGUUGUUCCAAGAGGACCAGACAAACCUAUCUUGAUCGUGCAAGGAGCCUAUAUUCCACCUGUGAUCAUUAGGCCAGUGUCCCAACUUCCAAUGACUAAUCCCAAGGCUGUCCCUUGGAAUUAUGAGUAUGCCGUCGUGACAUACAAGGGGAAAGAAAUCAAUGAAGAAGUAGUUCGGGAAGAUGCUAUGCCCCGACUGAAUUAA